UUCCUCUAAACUUUGACAUCAAGUGGAUAAUGUUGCCUGUGCUGAUAUGGAUAAGUUUACUUACAGCAGCAAAAAUGGAGAUAUUCGAGAUAGAUGAAGAUUUCUGUAUAUCUCUACCGACGGGCUACUAUGAAUAUCCUUAUGAGUGUGAUGCAUAUAUAUCCUGCAAUGACUCUCAUGCAGAAUUGGAAUAUUGCCCGGAUGAGAAGCUAUUCAAUUCACAAUUAGAUAUAUGCGAUACUCCUGAAGCGGUUGAAUGCUAUCCGAUAUUGCCAGAUAUUUGCAGAAAUCUAACCAAUUCCACAUUGCUGCCAGCGGGUAGUGAGUGCAAUGAAUAUAUUGAGUGUGUAAAUGGAAUAAGUGUACUGCAUGAGUGUCCGGGCAAUUUGUGGUAUAAUCCUGAAUGGCGCAUUUGUGAUGAUCCCAAUGAUACUUGGUGCGACAACACAACAACCACGACGACGACGACGACGACGAUGACUACCACAACGCCGACGACAAGAACAACAGCAGCAGAAACAAUAACAACAGAACUGGAUACAACAACAAUAGACGAUCUGUUUGAAGGUUGCUUAAAUGAGAAGCAGGGUACAUCGUUGCCAUAUGUUGAAAACUGUCAGGAAUAUUAUUACUGUUGGGGUAAUGGUUCUUAUAGUCUAUUCCCGUGCCCUGCAGAUAAUUGGUUUAGUCCCUAUACGGGCAACUGUGGACCUGAAGUGUCGCCGGAAUUGUGCCGAGAAAUUACAACUACUAUUUCGGUUACCGCUGCAAAUAAUCCUUGUGAAAGUCAGGAAUUAGGUACAUCAUUUGCCCUCACAUCAAAUUGUAAUGAGUAUCUUUUAUGUUUGGGUAAUGGUCAAUCCACAAUUGCCAAGUGUCCAUCGAAUGCGUGGUUUGAUCCACAAGGAGGAAAUUGUGGACCAAAUGUUUCACCAUUAGCCUGUCGCGAAAGUACUACGACUGUCGCUUCCACUACCGAAACAACAACAGUACAACCUGAAAAUAUUUGUGCUGGUAAAGAAGAGGGUGCUUCGUUUCCUCUGACGAGCGAUUGUCAGAAAUAUAUUCUUUGUAUGGGCAAUGGAGAGAGUGUCAUUGUUAGAUGCAUAGCCAAUGCCUGGUUUGAUCCCCAAACCAGCAACUGUGGACCGAAUGUGUCACCCACAGCGUGUCAGGAAGUAGAAGUCAGUAGCACCACUGAAUCCACUACUCAAUCUACUACUGAAUCCACCACAGAACUCUCGACUGAGACAACUGAUGAAACUACUGCCACAACGGAUUAUCCAAUCGAUUUGGAAAUUUGUUCGGGCCAAACUACGGGGGAAUAUGUCAGCUAUCCGGAUAACUGUGAAAAGUAUAUUGUAUGUGCGGAUCCAGUGCCGAUUGCAUUUUAUUGCACUCCUGGUUACUAUUUCAGUGAGAGCCUACAGAAGUGUGUGAGCUGGCUGGAUAGUGAUUGUCCAGACACAGGAUCAGAGACCACAACGUCAUGGCCUUUGCCCUCACCAACUCCAACUGUCUGUGCAAAUAGCUCAGGGCUUACUUUGCCCUAUCCAGAGGAUUGUCAAUGGUAUAUACGUUGUGUGGAUGAUUACGUUUAUAUGAUGGAGGUUUGCCAAAAAGGAGAGUUCUACGACCCCUGGAGGAGUGAGUGUGGUGCUGAUGUAUCACCAGAUGCAUGUCUUGAUACAUAUGAAACAACUUCUAGCCCCGACGAAACGUCAAGCACAAUUGGCUCAACAACUUCUACGACAGCUUCACCUCAACUGGAUCCCUGUGAGGGUAUCCAAGAUGGUAAACUUGUACCCUAUCCCGACGAUUGUACCAGAUUCAUAAUAUGUGUUAAGCCCAAUCCCAUUAUUGGUAAUUGUGUAGUGGGGCAGGAGUUCAGUGCUCAAUUGGAACGAUGUAUGGCUCCAUGGUACGCCAAUUGUUCGAUUAUAAUCACAACGACUACUGAAGAACCAUCUACAACAACAACCAGAACCACAACGGAAAUAACACCAUCUCAGCCAGAUGAUUUUUGCGCCGAUCAAGCUGAUAAGGCUUUGGUACCCUAUCCAUAUAAUUGCAGUAAAUAUAUCAUUUGCCAAGAACCCAUACCCGUUGGCUAUGAAUGUCCACAAGGCGAGGAGUUCAGUCCCAUUGAAUUGACCUGUAUGGAUGCCGAAUUGGCCAAUUGUAAUGAUGAAUCCAACAAGGAUUCACAGACAUUGGCUAAGUAUCUCCUGCAGACGAUUGGAAAUUGGAUUCAAAACUAAUUAAACUUUACCAAUUAUAAUUUUUGAUUUCUUUUUA